CCGCAGCUCUGGAAGCCCGUUUCGGACACGGCCAUAGGAUGGGGACAUCAAAGCGCCCUCUCUGGUUAAACGAGAAAAAGCUUUUGUACACCUGGACGUCUUCAGCAUCAUGUGAGCACACACUUUUCUGAGUAUCCGACUAAUUUAAAUCGGCCACGAAAUUCUGAGAUUCUGCAGGCAGCUGGCUCGCUUCAGGUUCAUUCGCUUUAAAAACAUCCUUUCUCAACAUGACGUACAUCAAUUCCUGGGAAGAAUUUGCAAAAGCUGCAGAGAAGUUGUAUCUUACCGACCCUUCGAAGGUUAGGAUUGUGUUGAAGUAUCGGCACUGUGAUGGGAAGUUGGCAAUGAAGGUCACAGACGAUGUGGUGUGCCUUCAGUACAGGACAGAGCAUGCCCAGGACAUCAAGAGAAUAGAGAAGCUUAACAACAAACUCAUGAGACUCAUGGUGUCAAAGUAGAGACUCGCCCAGCUCUUGAUGGCAACGGAGUGAAAUGACUGCCAGCAGUACCUACUUGUGUGGACCCGGGGCAAUCGCAUCUAGAGAAAAGAUGCUCCACAGUACUGCAAGGACAGUCCUGACUACUGUGUUGGCUCAACGUACAUUUGGAGCAAACUCUUGUGGAGAUAUUCAUAUACAUACUGGAGAAAGAAUGUCCUGUUAUCCUCCCACCGUGAAGAGAAUGCCUCAUUACACCCUCUCGAAAGUUGAACGUUGACAAUACAUCAGAGCAUCCUUAUAAGGACAUGCUCACCCGUGCUACAAAUACAGCUCAUUUUCAUGAUUCAGUGUAUUACUUUUGUUACACCUUCAAAACAGCCCAAGAAGAUUCAGACACCACUGCUGGUAUUACACAGUGUUGUAGCCAAGUCCAUCACAAGUCCCUGCAAGUCCAUCACUAGUCCAUCACAAGUCCCUGCAAGUCCAUCACUAGUCCAUCACA